AUGGGGUCAAUCUGUUCUUUUUCCUACAUUAACUGUGUUCUGCUGGUCACCCUGAGGAGUAAGCAGAUGUUUUGCGAGACAUCCCGCUUUAUCCUACUGUACAACCUGCUCUUUGCAGACACUGCUAAGCAGGUACCAAACCUUCUGCUUUACCUGCUGCCUUUUUUUCAGAUAAAGGUUCCAUAUUCAGCAUGUGGUUUACUUGUUGUGCUCUCAGUUCUUACAGAGUCAAUCUCCCCCCUCACCCUGGCUGUGAUGGCAAUUGAGAGAUAUGUGGCUGUAUGCCAUCCACUGAAGCAUGCCACCAUCUUCACUGUGAGAAGCACGGGCAUGGCUAUUGCUGUGGUGUGGACUUUUAGUUUAAUCCACAUCCUCAUUCGACUAUUUAUGCUGGUAUAUGUGAUUGCAAAAAUCCACCCUAAUCUAUUUGUAAUUGACAUUUGUUCGAGAGAAGCAAUAUUUUUUGCACCAAUCUUUCAUGAUUUUGAAAAGGCACAGGCCAGCACUCUGUUUCUGUCAGUGGGUUCAAUAAUCAUAGGCUCCUACAUUGGUGUAGCUCUUAUAGCCAGGUCUGCCUCAACAGACAAAGUGUCAGCCAAAAAGGCUCUUCAAACACUUCUGCUUCACCUGGUUCAGCUAUGCCUGGUUCUAACAGCUCCCAUGUUCUCCACCACCAUCAUAGCCAUGGCCAGAAUUGUGGGGAGGUUGACAAUUAUACGGAUUUACAAUGUAGGUUUUGUGUUUUUUAUUAUCCUUCCAAGGUGUCUGAGUGCUCUCAUCUACGGACUCAGGGAUCAAACCAUCAGACCCAUGCUCCUGCAAAAUCUGUGUUGUUGGUGGAGAUGCAGUAAUAAUUUGAAGUGA